AUGGCAUAUCAUCACAAGUCUGGGUAUCAAAAAGCUAAAGACCGUGAAGCUAAAAAGAAACGUGAGGAAGCGGUCAUUUCAAAAACUGUUAAAAUAACUGAGCUUUUUCCUACGAUUAGUGUCAAUGUCAAUAGAGAAGACCCACCAUCGAAUUCACCUUUACCAUGUGUUGGUCAGUGUGGUUUGUCUGGUCAAUUUGGUCAUGAAUUUGAACGUGAUAACAGUGUUGCAGCUAAACCAGAAGCACAAGCUGGUUCCAAAGGUGAUGACAAUUCCUUUUCCACUGACAUUGGGCAAUGGUCUGAAGUGGAAAUCAAUGAUACAUUCUAUAACUUUUGGGUAACUCGUGGCAGUGAAUGUUGUCAACAUUCAAAUGCUGACUUCACUAUUUCAAUGCAAAUUGAUGGAAAACAGAAGCGCUACUGCUCACAGAAUCUCUUUUAUCGUGUUCAUUCUCGCAAUGGUGAGAAAGUCCCAAGAUCAUGGAAUGGUUUUUGUGAUUGGAAAAAUGCAGCUUCACGAAUACAGUCACAUGAAAACAGCAUUGCACAUAGAAAUGCAACAAUCACAUUCAGCCAAAGAGUACAAGUCAGAGGAUGUGUAGAUUCAGCAAUAGUUGAGCAAUACAGACAGGAAUGUGCAUAUGCAAAAUCUGUGCUAGAAAAAGUUGUCUCAGUUAUCAAAUUCCUUGCUGAAAGAGGGCUCGCAUUUAGAGGACAUACUGAAAUAUUGGGGUCAAGUUCUAAUGGCAAUUUUUUGGGAAUUUUGGAGUUGAUUGCUCAGUUUGAUCCAUUCCUCUCCAGUCAUAUUGACAACCAUGGUGGUAUGGGGAAAGGCUCUGUUUCAUACCUGUCAUCAACAAUUUGUGAUGAGUUAAUUGAUGUCAUGGGAAAGCAAGUUAUGAAAACAAUAUUGUCUGAAAUACGUGGAGCAAAAUUUUAUUCGAUUUCUGUUGACUCUACUCCAGACAUAUCUCAUGUUGAUAGGCUGUCAUGUGUCUUUCGAUAUGUUUUGAACGAUGGCCCAAUAGAAAGGUUUGUGCAAUUUUUAAGCAUGAAAGGACAUGGAGCAGAAGAUUUGUUUAACAGUUUAUACAGCUUUCUGGAAGAAGCAAAGUUGGAUAUAAAAUAUUGCCGAGGUCAGUCCUACGAUGAUGCUAGCAAUAUGGCAGGAAAAUAUUCAGGGUUACAGGGACGCAGUCGAGAGAAGAACCCAUUGGCUGAAUAUGUGCCAUGUUUUGCACACUCCCUUAAUUUAGUCGGUGCAUCAGCUGUAAACUGCGUGACAACACCUCUAACCAAAGGAUUGGAUAGUAACCAGUUAGUUCUAAAACGCCUUUCUGAUACUCGAUGGUCAGCACAUUCUGCAGCAACUAAAGCAUUGAGCAAAGGCUUUAAAAAUGUUAAGACAGUGUUAGAGAACAUUGCUGAGGACCCCGAGGAGAAGGUUGAAGCUCGCACUACAGCUGCAGGAAUUGCAAAGAAGAUGGAUCAGUUAGAAUAUGGAAUUUUAUUAGAACUCUGGACACCCAUAUUAGAUCGCUUUCAUAAGACCAGUUUAAAACUGCAAAGUCCACAACUUGAUCUAAAUGAGGCUGUUCAACUGUUAACUUCACUAAAAGAAUAUGUAAAUUCACUUCGAGCACAGUUUGAUUUUUUUGAGAAGAAAGGAAAGGAAAUAACAGGGUCAACUUCUUAUAAAGAAGAGAAUCAGAGGAAACGAAAGCGAAGUGUUCAAUUAACCCGUCAUGAUGGAUCAGCUGAUGAAACAGUGUUUUCGGCACAGCUGAAAUUUCGAGUCAUAGUUUUCUUGCCAGUACUUGAUCACUUGAAUUCAGCAUUAUGUAAACGAUCAGAGGCAUACAGUGGUGUAUGUGAUAAGUUUGGUUUUCUGAGAAACAUUCAAUCACUGGAACAGUCUGAUUUGCGAAGAGCCAGUAGAAACUUGAUAGAUACUUAUGUAGAUGAUUUGGAAGAGUCAUUUGAAGAUGAAAUACUUCACUUCAAAGAAUAUUUGUUAGCUGAUACGUACUUGCAACAGAAUGAGAAAGAACUGAAAUGUAGCAUAGAGCUGUAUAUGUAUCGGGCUUUGAGAAACAUCAGUGCACUACAAGAUAUAUUUCCAAAUGUUGCCACAGCACUUCACAUAUACCUCAGUUUGGUGAUCACCAACUGCAGUGAUGAAAGAUCAUUCUCUGCAUUGAAACGGAUAAAAAACUAUCUGCGAAGUGCUUUGGGUGAUGACAAACUGAAUUCCCUUACUGUUAUGUGCACUGAAUCUGACAUCCUAAGAAGCUGUGACUUCAAUGAAAUUUUAUCAGACUUUGUUGAACGAAAAUGCAGAAAAAUGAAUUUUUGA